AUGUCGCCCGUCCACCAUCUCCCAGCGAGCAAAACCUUCCCGCAUCCGACAUCCACGACGUCCUACUGGCGCACCGAACUCAGUCCGCUAGACCGGCACCGCUCAACGCCGGAGCUGCCAUGCAGAGUCAACAUCGCCAUCAUCGGCUCCGGCAUGUCCGGCGUCAGUAUCGCAUAUCAUCUGCUCAAGAAUGGCUCGUCAAAACGACCAGAGGAAUGCCCGUCAAUCCUCCUCCUCGAAGCCCGCCAGCUCUGCUCCGGCGCGACAGGCCGCAAUGGGGGCCACACCAAGCUGGCGUCCAUCCACAUGCAGAAAGCGGCGUCCCUCCCAAACGGGCGUGGCGGCGUCCGGGCUGCCGAGGAGUUGGUCGCAUUCCAGGUCAGGCAGAUCCAGGCGCUGAAGAGUGUGAUUGAAGAGGAAGCGAUUGAUUGUGAUUUCCUCAUGACCAGGAGCUUUGAUGUGUUCUUGGAGAGGGAGUUGGCACGGGAGAGGACCGAGAUGGUCAGGCAGAUGACGGGCCAGGGGGUGGACACUGCAAGGAGAGAGGUGCAGAUUUUGGAGGGCAGUGCCGAGGUCUUGCAGGGGGUGAUUCCCGGAGCUUACGCGGCGCUCAAUGUCCCCGCUGCACAACUGUGGCCGUAUAAAUUCGUGUCCGGCCUGCUCUCCAGCAUCAUCGACAAAAUAAACUUCCAGACCGAGACGCAGGUCGACUCCGUCUCCUCGACCCCCGACGCCGAAGGCUACUAUAUCCUCUCCACGAAAUCGCGCGGAAGCAUCCGAGCGAAGAAAGUCGUCUUCGCCACAAACGCCUACACCGCCGCCCUGUUGCCGGAACUGUACGAGGACAAGAUCGUGCCCGUACGCGGUACAGCGAGCCAUGUCGUGAGGCGAGAUCAGAGCAUUGGCCGGUUUCAGGAGAUCCAGCAGAGAGUCAAUACCUACAACCUCGCGUACGGUGGCACUCGGCAAGAUUACCUGGUCCACAGACCUGACGGCGGGGUUAUUUUCGGUGGUGGAUAUUGCGUCUUUGGAUCUCAUGAAGAGUUGAUCAGAGGGACGGUUGACGACAGCGAGGUGGCGAUGGAAAAGGAGAUGACGGCUUAUUUUGAACGGCUCAUGACUGAGUCGUACAGGGAUUGGGCCGUCUCCGGGGCAAAAGUUGAUCGGAUUUGGACGGGGAUCAUGGGUACAACUCCUGAUGGAUACCCUCAUAUCGGCGUGGUUCCUGGCCGACGAAAUCAAUUCAUCUGCGCAGGCUUCAACGGCGCAGGAAUGCUACAUAUCUUCCUCUCUGCAAAGGGUCUGACGCAGAUCAUCAAUGAUGGUGUUGACUUCAAGGAUACCGGGAUCCCAUCGAUUUUGAGGCGAGCUUGA